GAUGGAGGGUCUCAGAGGACAGACAGUGCCAGGUUGAGAACACCACUGGAUGCUUACUUUCAGUGACAGCUCUGCAGAGUAUGAAGAGGUUGUUGCCCAAGCAGAGGAACCUGGACCUGUUAUUUUAGGGGAGCAACAAGAAGGUAUCUCAGCAGAGCAAGAAGUUACAUGUACUGGUGGAGGUGAAACCCUCCCCAAAGAGUCUCCACAGAAGUCCAGCCCUCUUCUAACUUCUGCUUCUGUGGAUGAAGAAGAAGGGAACACUUGCAGUAUAUGUUUAGAGCAGUGGACCAAUGCUGGGGACCACCGACUCUCAGCAUUACGCUGUGGGCACCUCUUUGGGUAUAGGUGCAUUUCUAAGUGGCUUAAAGGACAAGCACGAAAAUGUCCCCAGUGCAACAAGAAAGCCAAGCAUAGUGACAUUGUUGUCCUUUAUGCCCGAGCCCUGAGAGCUUUGGACACUAGUGAACAGGAGCGCAUGAAAAGUUCCUUACUGAAGGAGCAGAUGCUAAGGAAACAAGCGGAGUUGGAAUCGGCACAGUGCCGGCUCCGACUUCAGGUCCUCACUCAUGAAUGCACUAAACUCCAUAAUCGUGUCCUGGACUUGAAAAAACUUAUUCUGCAGCAUCAGGAUCAGAUUUUACAGCAACCUAUGGGCUCUCAAGCACGUUUCCUGAGCUGUCUGCUACCCAGCCAAAGCCAGCACAAAUACCAGUUUCAGAAGACCAUCACAGUAUCUCAGACAGGAAACUGCCGAAUCAUGGCAUACUGUGAUGCUCUCACCUGCCUGGUGGUAUCACAGCCUUCUCCUCAGGCCUCCUUCCUUCCAGGCUUUGGUGUUAAGAUGUUGAGUACUGCCAACAUGAAAAGCAGUCAGUACAUUCCAAUGCAUGGCAAACAGAUCCGUGGACUGGCUUUCAGCAGUCGGUCCAAAAGCUUGCUGCUCUCUGCUUCCCUGGACAACACUGUUAAACUGACCAGCCUGGAGACCAAUACGGUGGUUCAGACUUACAAUGCUGGACGUCCUGUCUGGAGUUGUUGCUGGUGUCUUGAUGAAAACAAUUACAUCUAUGCUGGACUGGCCAAUGGUUCAAUUCUGGUGUAUGACCUGAGAAACACAAGCUGUCAUAUCCAGGAGUUAGUACCUCAGAAAGCCAGGUGCCCACUGGUAUCCCUGUCAUACAUACCCAGAGCUGCCUCAGCUGCAUUUCCAUAUGGUGGGGUGCUGGCUGGAACCUUGGAGAAUGCUUCCUUCUGGGAGCUGAAAGUGGGCUUUUCUCAUUGGCCCCACGUGCUGCCUUUGGAGCCAGGGGGCUGCAUAGACUUUCAGACGGAGAGCACCACUCGGCACUGUCUUGUGACCUACAGGCCUGAUAAAAACCAUAACACCACGCGAAGUAUGCUGAUGGAGAUGUCCUACAGGCUGGAUGAUGCUGGAGAGCCAGUCUGCUCUUGCCAUCCUGUACAGACAUUCCUUGGGGGACCCACUUGCAAACUACUGACCAAAAGUGCCAUUUUCCAAAGCCCAGAGAAUGAUGGCAGUGUCCUGGUGUGCACUGGGGAUGAAGCAUCAAAUUCUGCUCUGCUGUGGGAUGCUGGCAGUGGCUUGUUGCUGCAGGACCUGCAAGCCGAUCAGCCGGUCUUGGACAUCUGCCCAUUUGAGGUGAAUCAUAACAACUACUUGGCUACCUUAACAGAGAAGAUGGUCCACAUCUAUAAAUGGGAGUGA